ACUUGGAACUGAAGUGAAGCGUACGCUUCCAUUUUCUUGAGGCUCUUGUUGCGAGUGUAGAGCACGUGUUUGUCACCGCCGGUCGUUUUUCACAACGCUCUCACGACGCAACACUUUUUGUCCCGUGCGUCUAUUUUCCGUUUUGUCGUUGUGACCAGACGUCAUCUUUAACGCUACUCGAUCUUCUGCGCUUUGAUACUCCGCGAGCGACAGAGGUUAAUACUAUGAAUCCUGAGAAACUGAAGAAGUUGCAGGCUCAAGUGCGAAUCGGCGGUAAGGGUACUCCACGACGCAAGAAGAAGGUUGUACAUGCAACUGCUGCUACAGAUGACAAGAAGCUACAAAGCUGUCUGAAGAAACUAUCUGUAAAUACGAUUCCUGGCAUAGAAGAAGUUAAUAUGAUCAAGGAUGAUGGCACAGUCAUUCAUUUUAACAAUCCAAAAGCUCAAGCCAGUUUAUCUGCUAACACAUUUGCUAUUACUGGUCAUGGCGAAAACAAACAGAUCACCGAGAUGUUGCCAGGGAUAUUAAGUCAACUCGGUCCUGAAGGUCUCACACAGCUCAAACGAUUAGCCAGUACAGUUGCUGGUAGUGCGGUUGGUAAAACCACAUUGGAGGAGGAUGAUGAAGUGCCGGAUUUGGUGGAAAAUUUUGAUGAAGCUAGCAAAGAAGAGGUUGCUCCGAAAAAAGAAUUAAAUGAGAAUGAUAAAGCAGCUGGUGAUAAAAAUGAUACUAUUGUCAUUGAAGAAAAGAAAGAAGCACCGUUAGCUACGCCAGAAGCUUAAGAAGAGGAUAUUGAAGUGUCUCUCUCUCUUCCCCUCCCUCCCUCCUCGCCCCCUUACUCCUCUUUCUCUCCCAUUUCCUUUCAAGUACACGUACACAGAUACACACAACGAGCACGCAUACGUGUACACACAUACAUCAGGUAUAGUUUGUAAUUAAUGAGUCAAAAGACGCAAAAGCAAUGCGUAAAUGAAGUAUAACUAUACUUACAAUGUUGCCGAUACUUGACAUACUCUAUAUGUACUUGCUAUAUAAGUAACAGUUUGAGAAAUAAAAAGAAGCUGUUACAAAAAUCAA